AUGCGGCUCUUAGCUACUGGAAGAGCCCUGCGGGCUAGCAGUAGCAGAUGGUCCACUGCUGCGACUCGUCCUAAAUCCUGCAGCCCCCGAUUGAUUGGCCUCCGACAGACCGUCCCGACGCCCACUCGGAGCUGGAGCUCAACCGCAGCUCUCCGCACCGCAGACCAAAAGCCCAGCGCUGGCUCACCAAGCUCAUCAAAGUCUACGCUGAAGAUCGAGGGCGAAGACUACUCCACAGACCAAUGGACCAACACCCCCGACACAAUCCUGUCCCAUGUCGGCCGACGACUCUACCUUGACGAGAACCACCCUCUCGCCAUUACCCGCAAACUCAUUGAGAGCCAAUUCCCCUGUCCAGUCUUCGGCAAUUACUCUGAGAAGAACCCGGUCGUAACAACUAGACAGAAUUUCGACGUCUUGGGCUUCCCACCGGACCAUCCGGGUCGUUCUCGCACGGAUACCUACUACAUCAACGACAAGACGGUCCUGCGCACACAUACAAGUGCGCACCAGCAGACAUAUUUCCAACAAAUCAACCGCAAUGAGAAGGUUCGCCCGGAGGAAGUUGGAUACACCGUGAUCGCUGAUGUCUACCGUCGUGAUGCCAUUGACCGCAGCCACUACCCGGUCUUCCACCAGAUGGAGGGCGCCAUGCUGUGGAAGCGGCCGGACAGCAACCCCCUUGCGAGCUCUACAGAGACAGCCGCUAAGAUCAAGGCUGAUGUGGAUUUGAUUCCGCGCCAUAAUGUUACCGUCGAAGAUCCCAACCCAACCAUCCACGCCCAGCGCAAUCCCUUACAGGCCGAGCACCACAGCGAGGAGGAGGUCGAGGCUAUUGCGGAGCACCUUAAGAGGUCUCUUGAGCGAAUGGUAAUCAAGGUCUUCACAGAGGGUAGCAAGGCCGCCGCGGCCAGCUCUGAUAACAACAUCGAAUCGGAGCCUUUGAAGGUUCGCUGGGUCGAGGCGUACUUUCCCUUCACGAGUCCGUCGUGGGAACUCGAGGUCUUCUGGCAGGGUGACUGGCUAGAGAUUUUGGGCUGCGGUGUCAUCAAGCAGGACCUCCUCAUCAACUCCGAUGUACCAAACCGCGUCGGCUGGGCGUUUGGUCUGGGUAUCGAGCGCAUCGCCAUGCUCCUCUUCAACAUCCCCGAUAUCCGUCUCUUCUGGUCUCGCGACGAGCGCUUCCUGUCCCAGUUCCGUGCCGGUGAAAUCACGCGCUUUAAGCCGUUCUCCAAGCAUCCUGCCUCCUACAAGGAUGUUGCCUUCUGGUUGCCUCCCUCCGCUGUGACUGGUGGAAGCAGUGCUGCUGGCGGUGCCGUGCCUUUCCACGAGAACGAUGUGAUGGAGGUUGUCCGCGGAAUUGGAGGUGAUCUUGUUGAGGAUGUCACCCUGAUUGAUGAAUUUACGCAUCCCAAGUCUGGACGCAAGAGUAUGUGCUACCGCAUUAACUACAGGAGUCUGGAACGUACCUUGACGAACGAGGAAACCAACGAGAUGCAUAACAAGGUUCGGGAGAAGCUUGUCGGUGACUUUGGAGUGGAGUUGAGGUAA